AUGGCCUCCAAUUCAACCACAAAACCAGCUCCUGCAAUGGCAUCCGAAAAUCUAGCCGCGGCGCUUCCCAACAUGGCCAUGUCGACUCAGGCCAUACAUGCGGACGACUUUGCCAGCUCCCAUCGAGCUAUCGCCCCGGCGAUGCAUGUCGCUGUCAAUUAUAGAUAUGCAAGAGACCCGGACCAGUUAGUUCAAGGCGAGAACAAAGAUCCAAAUUCUCCCAUGGAGCCGUUCGUAUAUUCACGCUACUCGGCUCCGAACAGCAAUCGCUUCGAGACGGUUCUCAAGAAUAUCUUCCAUGGAGGGAUCAUGACAUACUCUACAGGCCUAGCCGCUUUUCACGCAAUCAUGGUCCUGUUGAAUCCGAAGCGCGUGUUUAUCGGAGAAGGAUAUCACGGUGUGCAUGGAAACAUUGAUGUGAUGACCAAGCUUACUGGCGUUCGAAAGCUAUCUCUUGACCAGCUCGACCAGCUAGGUCCGGGGGAUAUUGUUCAUAUCGAGACACCUCUAAACCCGACAGGAGAAGCGCGUAAUCUCUCCUAUUACAGUGCAAAGGCGUGUGCUGUGGGAGCGUAUCUAACCGUGGAUUCAACAUUCGCGCCUCCUCCCCUGCAAGAUCCAUUGCAGUUUGGUGCUGAUAUUAUCCUCCACAGCGGUACAAAAUACAUCGGGGGGCAUUCUGAUAUGAUGUGUGGCAUUCUUGUGGUUCAUCCUGAACGUGUUAGGCAAGGAUGGAUCGACACCCUGUAUUCAGAGAGACUUGUUCUGGGGAAUGUCAUGGGGAACCUUGAGGGCUGGCUAGGCCUUCGAUCUCUCCGGACCCUUGAGCUUCGCGUGAAGCGGCAGUCGGAAACUGCUCAACAUCUUGUUAGCUGGAUUCAUCGUGAGAUACAGAAUCCCUCUUCUGUGGUUGGUCGAGUCGUCGAACUCAUCCGACACGCCUCAUUGCAGGAGAAGGAUCUCCAGGAAGGAUGGCUAGAGUCGCAAAUGCCGGGAGGGUUUGGACCAGUCUUUGCGAUUUGUCUGAAGACAGCCGAACAAGCAAAACGGCUGCCAAGCAAGCUGUGUAUCUUCCAGCAUGCAACCAGCCUUGGCGAUGUGGAGAGCUUGAUUGAAUGGAGAGCUAUGAGUGAUUCCACAUGCGAUACAAGACUUCUUCGUAUCAGCUGCGGCCUAGAGGACCCGGUUGAUCUGCAAAGGGAUCUGCUCCAAGGGCUCAGCGCUCUUUGCGAGUAA